AUGCACCACCCGCGCCUCGCCGACUACUUCGAAGACUUCACGCGCCCGCACACGCACACAGCCUCCGCCGGCGCAGCCGCAUCCUCCAGCGCCCUCCUCCUGGCGUCGUCCUCGUCCACCACCAACCUCGCCUCAAGCACGUACUCCCUCGCCGCUGCGGCCGCGGCCGCCGCAGCCAACAACACCAAUAUCCCCCCCGGCACGAACCCGUCGUAUCUCCCGGUUGAGGAAAUCUACGUGGCGCCACAGUUCCAGCCGCCGAAUCCGGAGGACGAGGACGAUGUUGUGCCCGAUCAGCAUGCGGCGUUUGGGAUUAGUCGGGCGAUGGUUUCUGGGCCUAGGGGUGCUGGGGGACUUGGUG